CAAAAUCUAAUCUUUAAUAAAAAUAUCCAUACUAGUACCAACCACACCACACCACACCAUUAAAUCUUAGAAAAGUUAUGUGAUACACUCCAAUAUAUAAUUAAGUGCAAAUGUCAUUACUCAUCUCAUCUACACUUAUUUAAACACAGUCAAAGUCAACAUUGUCAACAAAAUCCAAUCUUCAAUAAAAGCUUCUCACAAUCACAAUCAACACUUAUCUUCACUUGGAUCAUUUUAGUUUUCUCCCAAAACCCAAAAAUGAGCAAACUUCAUCUCACCCUCUUCCUCUUCAUCACCACUAUUCUCACCCACCACUGUGUCAAAGAUGCCUCAGCCGCCUGCCACGUGGAUGACGAAUCAGCUCUACUGAGCUUCAAAUCUGGUAUCACAGCUGAUCCUUCAGGCAUCCUCAGCUCUUGGAAAAAAGGUACUGACUGUUGUUCUUGGCCGGGUAUUAACUGUCGGAUCAACAACCGGGUCACGGAGCUUUCGUUAGUGGGUCAACCCGAUCAACCCAAAAGCUUCUUAUCUGGUACAAUCUCACCAUCUCUUGCAAAGCUCAGAUUUUUAAGCGGUCUUUACCUUCAAGAUCUUCGAAACCUCACAGGUCCAUUUCCGGGUCUGCUUUUUCAGCUACCCAACAUAGAUUUUGUCUACAUUGAGAACAACAGGCUUUCGGGUCGGGUACCUGAAAACAUUGGGGAUUUAGCCCGUUUAGGUGCCCUUAGCUUAUACGGGAAUCGAUUCACUGGAACGAUUCCGAGUUCAAUUUCGAAGCUGACUCAGUUAACUCAGCUCAAACUCGGUGGGAAUCUCUUCACUGGGUCUUUCCCAACUGUGAUCCGAAACCUAAAAAACCUUACUUUAUUGUAUUUGGAUCGAAACCAGUUUUCGGGUCCUUUACCAGAAAUUUUCGGGUCAUUUCCAGAGCUUAGGUUUCUCAAUCUUUCUCACAACAAAUUUUCCGGGAAAAUCCCAAAUUCAAUCUCGACCUUGUACCCAAAACUAACUUUCCUGGAGCUAAACCACAAUCUUUUCACAGGGAAAAUCCCAGAUUUUCUAGGAAAAUUCAAGGCACUCGAUACCCUUUUUCUCUCACACAACAAAUUAUCAGGAACUGUACCGAAAACCUUUGUGAAUCUCACCAAGAUAUUCAAUCUCGACCUUUCUCACAAUAAUCUCACCGACCCAUUUCCUGAAUUGAAAGUUAAAGGAAUCGAAUCACUAGAUUUGUCGUACAACAACUUCCAUUUGAAAACAAUCCCCAAAUGGGUCACCACUUCUCCGAUCAUAUAUUCUCUGAAACUUGCCAAGUGUGGAAUCAAAAUGAAGCUCGAUGAUUGGAAGCCAUCGCAGACACAUUUCUACGACUUCAUCGAUCUAUCGGAGAACGAGAUAUCUGGUAGUCCGAUCGGGUUACUGAACAGAACGGAAUUGUUGGUGGGUUUUUGGGCAUCGGGUAACAAAUUGAAGUUCGAUUUGGAGAAGUUGAAGAUAGUGAAGACAUUAAAGUAUUUGGAUUUGUCGAAGAAUUUGAUUUUUGGGAAAGUUCCUAAGGCUGUUACAGGGGUUGGGAAACUAAAUUUGAGUCAUAAUCAUUUGUGUGGAGCUAUUCCGGCGAAUAAGUUUCCGGCGAGUGUAUUUUUGGGGAAUGAUUGUCUUUGUGGAGCUCCAUUGUCACCCUGUAAAGCUUAAAUGGUGGAACUUAGUAUAUUUUAGUAUUGGAAUUUGGAAGUUAAUUAAUCAAUAUUUUCUGUUAAAUGAUAAGACUGUGAGUUCAUGUUGUCUUUUUCUAGUUUAAUAAUAAAUAUUUCUAAGCAAAUAAA